AUGGACCCUGUCGAGUACUAUGGCCUACUGAAGCUGGUCAAUGCCCCCGGCAUCGUUCGCAGCCAAUGUACUGCUGUCCGGGCUACUACUGCUCAGAAGACACAAGGUCCAUCACCAUCUGUCCUCAGAACCAAUACUGUCCCGCCGGUUCUGUCGGUGGAGGACACCUCCGCCUCUAAAUUCGGCCUCAUCCUCUUUGCCCUCCUCCUCAUCAUCGGGGUGUGUAUUGCCUUCUGGAUCCACAACCGCAUCGAGGCCGUCCGGGCACACCAUCUCGAGAAACGGCUCCGAUGGAUCCAUAACCACCACGCCAAACAUGAUAGCCUUCUCUUGCCUGAGGAUGAAGAUGAUUCAAGGGUGGAGCAGGUUAGAGGUAAUGAUAAUCAGCCGGGUAUCCAUGUUACGGAUCCUAAUAACCAGUCGACAAUUGAGUUGACGAGUAAGGAGGCUGUGGUUCAGAUCUCGCCAGAGGAGGACGUUGAGGUGGAGGAGGAUUGGAUGAGUGUGGGGACUUCUGUGAGGAAUAUGAAGGUUGAGAACUCUGGGCGGGUCGAGCUGAUGUUCGAUAUUGAGUUUGAACGCUUGAGCUUGACCCUUCCCAAUGGCACACCCAUUCUUCAGAACGUAUCAGGAGUUCUCCGCAGUGGAAGGACAUGCGCAAUCAUGGGCCCCUCAGGAUCCGGAAAAACAACCCUUAUCUCAAUGCUAACCUCCAAAGUCCCCAAAGACGAAGGCAAAAUCCGCGUCAACGGACUCGAGCAAGAUCUCUCCUACUACCGCAAGCUCAUCGGUUUCGUCCCCCAAGAAGAUGUCAUGAUGCGCGAACUGACUGUCCACGACGUCCUCCUCCAUUCUGCAUACAUGCGUCUCCCCUCCGACUUGACCCAUUCCCAAAAGACGGAAAAGGUUUUGGAGAUUGUGGAUUUCUUGGGGCUCAACUCGACGAUGGAUAGUGUGGUGGGUGAUGCAGAGCAGAGGGGGAUCUCGGGCGGACAGAGGAAGAGGGUGAAUAUUGGAAUGGAGUUGGUGACGGAGCCGAGUAUCUUGUUUUUGGAUGAGCCAACGUCUGGAUUGGAUUCCAGUACGAGUGGGGAUGUUUGUAAGUUGUUGAAGUCUGUUGCAAGGAGGAAGGGGCUCACUGUCGCGGCAGUUAUUCAUUCGCCUAGUCCUAUUGCCUUCAACCAGUUUGAUGACUUGCUUCUGCUCGGUCAGAACGGGCGAGUGGUUUUCCACGGCCCCCGGACAGAGGCCCCAGCCUACUUUGCAGCCAUUGGGUUCCCGAUCCCGGUCGAUUCGAGUCCCUCUGAUUUUUACAUGGAUGUCAUCUCCAACAACGUCAAGUCCAAGAUCACGAAAAAAUUCAAGCCCUUCUACCUGUCGCGGUACUGGGAGUCGUAUUGCAAGCGUGCCCAGACGUACUAUGCCGAUGCCAGGAACGGAGUCGAGUACCGCCACCCGUCAGGUGCCCACCUUGCCUCGUCCUUGACAAGUUCGCCUCACCUGAACCCAAGAGUCUCGGCACUAGUUUCGUACUCUAACCUGAACCAGUCGGCCAUCUCGAUCCAGCAGGCUGGUAACCAUGGUCUCCCCGAAGCCCUCGCCAUGACUACUCUUUCCAACAACGCAUCUUCACAUGCCCUCCAAUCCUCUGCAUCCUCAGCCACCCUCCACCCUCCAUCACAAGCUCAUCACAAACGCCACAGCCGCCAAAAAUCCGUCAGCCUCUCCCCCCAGGACUCCCUCCACCAACGCUCCAACCCUUCCUCCCCUCGGCCCUCCGUGUCCCUCAGCGACUUUACCUCCAUGUACUCUGAGCCGCCUCCACCCGAGAAGCUGAACUUUGUCGAAACCGUCCAGAAAUCGAUCCGGAUCUUCUUGAUUGAGACCCGCAUGUGGUGGAAGGGUGUCUUUGCAGAAACCCUUGAAACCAUCGAGGGUCUCUUCCUCCGUCGAAACAAUCCCGUCCGCAACACCGCCAACCCCUUCGUCAUGUUCUGGCUCUGUCUCAACCGGGCUCGUUUACAGAUCUACAGAAACCAACGGCAGUUCUUGUACGACCAGUUACUGCACUUGGGCUGUGGGCUUUUCAUUUCAGUCGCCGCGUCAAGGUUCGAUUACCUCGGUCGUCAGCCCGAUCUGGUCUGUGCGAUGACGCCCUUCCAGCUCCAGCCUGCCUGUAUCCACCCAACUGACCACCUCACAGAAGUCGGCGUCUUCAUCGCCCUCGGCGUCUGCUUCGCAGGAAUCUCCGUCGGUACCACAACUUUCGGCAACGAGAAAAUCGUUUACUGGCGCGAGAAAUCCUCCGGCCUCCUCACCCUCCCCUACUACCUCGCCAAAGUCAUCGCCGACAUCCCUCGAAUCGUCCUGGCAGGAAUUAUGUUCUCCAUCUCACUAGUCAUCUUCUUCAACGAACGGUCCAAUUACUUCUACCUCCUCUUCAUCAUCGUCUGCCUCUACGCCGUCGCCUUCGCAAUGGGCUACCUCCUCUCAGCCCUGGUCCCCCAGAACCGCGUCGCCCUUGUCGGCACAGGGUUCACACUCGCCUGGGCAAUCGUCUUCUCGGGCGACGCCCCCGAUCUGGCCGACGUCAUGUCCUCCGAUGCCUCCGGCGGCUACGCGGCCACCCGCUGGCUCUGGGUCAUUUCCGCCCCUCGAUACGCGAUCGAAGCAAUCUACCUCCGCGAGGUGCAAGCCCGGCCAUGGGAAGAGAUCCAGAAGGAGCCUUUGUCGCAUACAUAUGAAUUGGGCGAGUUCUGGUGGUGUUUUCAAGCGAUGGCGUUUAUUCUUUUAGGCUGGCAUGUAUUGGCGUUUUUUGCGUUCAAACUCAUGGAUCGGUCCAAGCAAAAGUAG